GUCAUUUAGUUGUAUCCAAAAAUCGUCUUAAAGUUGAGAUUUGGUUUACCCAGCAUUCGGCAUUUGGGAUGUAGUUGUGGCUGACGGUGACAACAAAUAGAAGCAAGCUCCAAAGUGGAAGCGAGCAGUUUCUUCAUCAUUCACUUGUUGGAAUUAUGACAACUCUAACACGGCAAGAUCUCAAUUUCGGACAAGUGGUUGCUGACGUUUUGUGUGAGUUCUUGGAAGUUGCCAUUCACCUCAUCCUGUACGUCCGUGAAGUUUACCCAUCAGGAAUAUUUCAGAAGCGAAAGAAAUACAAUGUCCCUGUGCAGAUGUCAUGUCAUCCUGAGCUGAACCAGUACAUCCAAGAUACACUUCACUGUAUAAAACCGCUUAUUGAGAAGAAUGAUGCUGAGAAGGUGGUUGUCGUCAUUAUGGACAAGGAGCAUCAUCCAGUUGAGAGAUUUGUCUUUGAGAUAUCCCAACCACCGCUUCUCUCUAUCAGCUCAGAUACAUUACUGUCUCAUGUGGAGCAGCUGCUGAGGGCGUUCAUUCUUAAGAUCAGUGUGUGUGAUGCUGUUUUAAAUAAUAAUCCACCAGAUUGUUCAUUUACAGUAUUAGUUCAUACAAGAAAUUCUGCCACACGCAACAUGGAGAAGGUUCAAGUCAUCAAGGAUUUCCCAUGGAUAGUUGCUGAUGAGCAGGAGGUCCACAUGCAGGAGCCCAGACUCAUCCCACUGAAGACCUUGACGUCUGAUAUAGUGAAGAUGCAGCUGUAUGUGGAGGAGCGAGCCCAGAAGAUGUAGCAGAAAUGAAGGACACGUGCAAAAAAAAAUCAUUUAACGGUAAACUUUAUUCAGCCGAGGCUUUCAUUUGACAUAGAAUGAAAAUCUCACAGCACACUACCAA